CCUCCACCCUCCAACCGAAGCAUCACCACCAACCUACAGAUCCUCUUUCUGUCUUUCAAAACAUAUUGUAGGUAGUUCGCUGUUCGGGUAUUGGUUUGGCUUUAGAUUGGAUCACAGUUUUAGUAUCGUCACUUCGUCAGAAUAACGAAAGUAGUGAAGACUAAAAACGUUUAAAACAUAUUAUGUGUAUUCUUCAUCGAUCUGAAAUUUAAAUUUAUACCAUUAUUCACCUCGCGUUCAAGUGUAGUUGAGUAGUAACUAGUAAAUAGUGUAUUUUGAAAGUUCUUCGGUGACAAUUCACAUUUAGAAAAUAAUACUCCACAUUUUCAAAAAGUACAUCAUGGCAUUUAGUAGCAAAAACGUUGAUGAUUUUGCAAAUCAAAUCGCCGAUUUGGAAACCGCAUUAUCAAAUCGACAGCUUAACGCGCUCGAAGCAAAAAUAUUUUACGAUCAUUUGACAUCAGUUUACGAGAACGUGAAAUCAUAUGAAACCCAAUUGAAAACCAGCAGCGAGAAUCAGUCCGAAGUGCCACCCACCUGCUUCAGUACAAUACGAGACAUCUACUUGAAUGCGAUCGAUCUUAAAAUAAGAUUAAUGAAAGUUCUAUCGUCGACCGAAUCAACUGCACCAGCAAGCGAAAUCAUCAACAUCGAAGAAACCAAUGCAACAAAACAGUCCGAAACGGCGAAAAAUUUACACUCACAACUCCGAAAACAAAGUUACCUGAUCAGACAAAUGGAAUCGUUAGAAACACAGAAUGAUAUCUGCGCAACAAAGGCCGAAAUACUGUACAAUCACCUUUCUCAACUAUACGACAUGUUUAUCUCAAAUCAAAUCCAGAUUGAAGCUAACGUCGACGAAGGCGACUCUCUUCAAAAUCAACAAAAAAUUUCUAAAGAAAUCCAACAAAUAGUGAUCGACCUUCAAACGAAGCUGAAGAAAAUCAUAAAACCAACAGAAUCGACCGAAACUAAACGUCCAGCAAGUCUCCUCAUCGGGCAAAGGAAAAGCUUACUGACCAAUAUGACGACAAAUCCUGCAUCAAGUAUAUCAUCAUUGCAGAUGCAGCAAGUACUGCCAUCAGUACCAUCAUCAUCGCCAUCACUAGUACCAGCAACACCAAAUCCACCAACAUUACUAUAUCAACAGCAACAGCUACAACAGUUGCGGUGGCAGCAACUACAACAACAAACGAUCUUGGCUCAACAGCGAUUACUUCAGAAUCAAGUCGGCACCACGAAUUAUUCACUGGCCGGCUUAAGUCAACAACAACAAAAUCCAAAUUCAACACAACCUUCUACAAAUUAGUAAUUUACGUGUAGGUAUUGUUCCAGCAUUAAAUUUCGUAAGCUUGUUACUAAAGAGAAGUUGAGCUUUUUAGUGUCUGGAUUCUGAAUUACUCAGUUCAUGUUUUUGAGUGUUAUGUUGCUAGAUAAGCUUAUUAUGUUAAUCAAACAAAUGAAUAUUAUGCUAUAUUAUUCGAAGAUAUCGAUACUUUACGAUUAAAUGGUUCAACUUGGUAAA